AUGGUGCUCUCGUCCCCUUCGCACCGGGCAUGGCGGCUCCUGCAGCUGCUGGGAUCAAACGAGUGCUCGACAAGCGCGACGGGAUACCUUGCAAAUUUUGGCCCCGGCGUUGAAGCCGUUCCGGGCGAAACGCGAGCGUUCAAAGACGUGAAGUAUCGCAGCUUCAAGCAGCUGGGACUGAGUCUUCAGUACGAGCCAGAUGCCCGAGGUCUUCGUGCCGACCAAUGCGAGCCAGACCAGUUAAAGCUCAUUGCGAUCGACCUGUACGCCGAGCCGCACAUCGUGCCCUCUUCAGCAGCUGGCAAAGGCUGGCAAGGCUUUCCAGCCCUACCGCUGGCCUUUGCAAUAACGGUACCGGUCGCGCGAGACCUCGUCAUUGAUCGGAACACAGAAGGCCAUUCUUUCGUUCGACAGCUGGGCGAGCCGGCACGCAAGGGGGGAGGAGGAGCCGGUGUGGUAGGGGGCAUGGGUCCGGGCGCAUGGAUGGAGUGGCGGUUGACCGCAUCCAACGGCGGCGUGCCUGAAGCCGAUGACGGCCCCGCGACCAUCAAGUUCAGGCUCAUGGUAGAGCUCGGAGGGCAGGCAGCCCUGGGCCAUGAUCGGUGGGAGCCUGACAGAGGAGGCGCUUCCACCUGGAAGACGGUCACUCUGAUCUCGGACAUGCAGGAGGCUUUCAAGUCGAGCUAA